UUCGCGAGUUUUUUAACUAAAAAACAAUCAGGGCUUUUUUUGGUACAAGGUAAAAAAAUGUCAAUUCUGGAAUAUUCGGAGCCUCAACGUGCCAGUUUUUACAUGCACUCAAUUUUGCAACAUUUCAACUGUGAAAACUCCAACCUCGAAACUUACUGCUGCAAGGACUGCAAUUUUCAAACAGAGCUCAGACUUCUUCUGAAACAACACUUCGAUAAACACCACAAAACCACAAACGACGAAAAGGAAUACACCAUUCGAAGCUACUUGUGUCGAAAGUGUAGCUUCGAAACUUACUUUUCUGUGAAACUGCUUCAACACACAUUGGCGUGUUUACAGAGUAAACGUUAUACCAAAACUAAAAGUGUCACGAAAACUGUUGUGACAUGGUUUACAUGUGAUCAGUGUGACUUUAAAUCCAAAUAUAAGUGGAUUUUAAAAGCGCACAAAAUUUCAAAACACUUGACUGACGACGAAAUCAGUUGGUAUCAGUGCACUAGGUGUUCAUACAGAGGCAAACAAAAAGUCAAUUUGAAGUCACAUAUAUACAACCACCAUUUGAACGAAGAGGAUAUUAAAUGGCAUGAAUGCCCCAAGUGCCCAUACAAAGCUAAACAGAAAUCGACGUUAAACAGUCACAUGAUCGCCCACCAUUUUAGUGAAAAGGAUGUUAAGCGUUAUGGAUGUGACAAGUGUCCUUAUAAAGCCAAACGUCUUUCUCUGUUAAAAAAACACAUCCAGUUUAACCACUCAGAAGACGACGUUAAAUGGUACGAAUGCCAGAAGUGCCCAUACAAAACUAAACAAAAGUCUAAUUUAACGAGUCACAUCACGUCGCACCAUUUGGAUGGGGACGAUAUUAAAUGGUAUGAAUGCAAGUAUUGUCCAUUCAAAGCUAAAAGGAAACCAAAUUUGAAAAAUCACGUAAUCGCACGACAUUCAGACGGGAAGGAUAUUAAAUGGCACGAGUGUAAACAGUGUCCAUUUAAAGCUAAGAGAAGUUCGAAUUUGAAAAGCCACGUAAUCGCGCGGCAUUUAGAUGCCAAAGAUAUUAAGUGGUAUGAGUGUACCAAGUGUCCUUACAAAGGUAAACGGAAUUUUGAUUUGAAAAGUCACAUGAAUCUUCGGCAUGCAGAUGAACAGGUGUAAGUUAAACUGUACAAACCAAAACUACCUUAAAAUUAUAUACAACAAAGUUGUAGUUUGUAAAUAUAUUCGUCAGGUCCUCAAUGAUUUUCAUAUGUAAUUUGAAAAAAACUGUGUACAAUAAAUGGCAGUGUUGUUUUAUUUUA